GAGCAUUAUGUUUACAGUCUGGAACAGCUUGUGCUGAUAGUAAUGCUCGAUGCCAAAGUAAUGGACAAGGUGGAAACACUUGUCAGUGUACAAGUUCAUACUAUGACAGUGAUGGUUUAAAUAAUAUUGGUGGAACAUGUACACAAAAGGUUGGCCUUGGCUCUAAUUGACCAAUGCCAAAUGCAUGUUCAUCUUCUCGGGCUGAAUGUGUUGGAAGCACAUGUACAUGUAAAAACACAUAUUAUGAUACAAACACUGACAAUACCAUUGGAGGUACUUGUGAGACAAGGAGGAGUCUUGGAGCUUUUUGUUCCAGUAGCCAUUCGAACAAUAAACAGUGUGCUGACCAAAAUGCAAGCUGUCGGGGAUCAUCCUAUAUCUGCUCCUGUGACGAUCGUUAUCAUCAAGAUGGAAGUAUUUGUAAACCAAAUGUUGCACUUGGUGGCAAUUGUCAAGGAGAUGUAAAUAACGAAUGUUCAGAUCCAAAUGCUGCAUGUAUUAACAAUAAAUGUACAUGUAGUGUUGGAUUUUACUGGUUCAAUAAAGGGAGCUCUCAAAGUAAUUGUAGAACAGUGCAAGAACUUCAGGUAACAGGCAUUACAUUUUCAAAUAUAAAAACCACAGAAUUUAUUGUAUCUUGGACUACACCUACUAGAUCUAGUUAUGUAAGCGGAUAUGAUGUUGAAUGGCAAAGUUGGGGUAAGGUGGUCGAUGCAAAAUCUCCUCAGAAGGUUACAGGUUUGACACCUGGUAAAACAUAUGAAGUCAAAGUGAUAUCAAAAGAUACAGGCACUGAACCUGGUGUUACAAGGACAACUUCUACAUCAAAACAACAAGCUACAAAACCGAGCAUUCCAGGUCCUGUAACAAGUUCAGAAAAUGAUUUAGAUGCUAGUGAUGGAAUCAUUAUUAUUACAUGGACAUCAGGAGCUGGUGUAACAACGUUAUAUAGAGUAAAGUUAUUUGAUGGUGAUACACAGAAAGGUUCCCGAGACCCCACAUCUUUAUUUACAACAUUUAACAAUGUACUGAAUGGUUAUAGAUAUAAUGUCAGUGUAACAGCAAAGAGUCAUCAGUUUAAUGGGGAUUAUUUAUGGAGUGAGACAAAGGUUUCUACAAUUAAAACAAAAGUUCAAGUUCCAGAGGCACCACGUAAUGGUGUUUGUCAAUCUCCAACAGACAGUUCUAUAACACUUAAUUGGGAUGCGCCUUCUCUACCUAAUGGUGAUUUAGUGAGAUAUCAUAUUGAUGUAAUUAAUACUACUAGUUACAAAGUGCUGUUCCGUGAUGAAACUACUGGAACUGAAACACAAAAAGUGGUUGGAAAUCUACAACCAGGAACCAACUAUAUAUUUCGGUUAUAUACAGAAAAUGAAAGAUAUAAUUCAACAACUUAUGCUCAGGUCUCAUCAGCUUGCAAAACAAGACUUAAGAUGUCUGAAUCACCAACAAAGCUUGAAGUAGCAGUAGUAACGAGUCGUGGUUUUGAUAUUUCUUGGGAAAAACCCGGAAAUACAUUCAGUGAGGAAAACUAUGGAUAUGUUCUACAGAUUAAAGAUGAGACCGGUUCAUGCUGGAAAGAAGUUAUUUAUAGAUGCUCAGAUUGUAGUGGUAGUUUUAUACUUUCAUAUUUAACUAAUUUGUGUGAUCCUACUAAAAGAGAUCCAGUUAUUGAUAAAACAAAACAAAAAUUAGCUAGUAAGUUGACAUAUACUGCCGUUCUUCACCCAGACAUUGUCUACACUGUGUCUGUUACUGCCAUAAAUGAUGCUGGAAGAGGACAUCUUGCAACUUAUACACAAAGAACUAAUGAAGAAGCUCCACAAAAACCAUAUCAAGUAUCUGUGAUUCAACCAGUUUUUGGGUCAAUUGGGAAAUUGGUUCCCCAAAACCAGGCAACACAACUUACACAAUAA